UUUCAGAGAUGAACAGAUCGGGAACUCGGGGUGUCUUCGAGCCGCCGUUUGAUAUUUGUUGAAUAGCUCUUGAGGCUUUGUGAUUUUGGUGUGAGAUUGAUUCUAGAAAUUCAAUUUCCGCUGGUCCGCUGAAGAUCGUCCACGUACUUCUUUUUUUGGUGUGCGUGUUGUUUCCGUGGUGAUUGCAUCUACAAGGUCGCGAGCGCCACGUCGUUUCAGGUGACACUGUACCGUGAAAGAUUGAUAAAAUUAUUCGCGCCAUCGUUUUUCUGUUGAAGGUCGCAUCAAACAGGAGAGGCAGACGACGAGGUUUAAGACAUGUGGGGCAAAGGGAUUUUAGUUUGACGACUAUGAGGCGUGGUGUACGGGUUCAUUCCCGGAAAAGCGAGGGGCUUUCCGUAAAAAGGUACGACACCACGGGCCGCACGACAACGCUCUAGCUUAGCCGGGGACCAUUUACGGGACGAUAGAUGUCACGUAUUCGCAUAUACAAGUGUUGCAUUGUAGUGCUUCUCAAGUUUGAGGACAUUUUCGUUAUGCGCCAGGGAGUUCAAGGACAAUCUAUGUAAUUUUCCCAGCUUUGCGUUGUUGCAGCCAUCACCUCCCGCUGCGUGUCUUCCACUACACGUCUGUUGAGCUCCUACGUCAGCUGAUAUUUUCUUUUUGAGUUACCCUACGUCACCUGAUUGACGUCACCCCAUCUCGUCGCUGCCUUGCUCGACAAGCUCAAAUUAAAAGGAAACACCAGAUAAGCUCAAUUUUUAAAAGAAGUGGCCCGUAGAGCGGGCCCUAGAAAUAAGGGACCCGAUCGAACGGUCGCGAGCUUGAGGGCAUGGCCUUCUAGAAGUCAAGUUCAGGCCUCCGCAUCAUCCGCGUCCGUACGCACCAAGACCAUGGCGCCGCAUCGCGUUGGGUGCCGACUGGGCGGUGGGCCGAGGGCCGAAUGAAGCAGGACACAGCUGGAAUAUUCUGCUAGAACAAGUACACCAACUUAACGAACAAACCUGCCAAGUACCAAACCCUCCCGGCCGCGAAGCCAUCUACCUUCAUGCGCGCGUCGCAAGACGCCUCUCUGCAACGCACGCACCGUCAAUGGAUCUCCCCGGCGCCGGCAGCGCCUACCUCCCUGCUCCUCCCCCUGGCCUCCGCGCGCUCGCCGUCUCGGCGGACGCCGUCAGGCUUAGCUCCAUAGCCGCCAACCUCCGGGAGCGAUGGCACUACGAAGUGACGGCUUGCAUUGAUCAGGCGGCGGCCAUGGCGGAGCUCCGCGCGGGGAACAAGUUCGAGGUCGUGCUGGUCGACAUGCACUCCCUAGGCUGCGGCGCGCCAGCCAUUGAGCUCUUGGAAUGUGCCGUCGGCGGGAUGCACGUUGAGACAUAUGCAAUAUCAGAAAGUGGCCAUCGCUUUGGACCCUUGGUGAUGGAGGAUCUCGAUGUCUUAAAGAAGCACAACGACAAUGAAGCAUCAAAUGGAUCUAAGUCACUGGAGGCCACUCAGAAUGGUCCAUGCAACAGCUCACCCUAGUGCUAUGAAACUUAAGUUUGCUACCAUAUUCUUUGUCCCAUUUUAUUUUUUAUUUUUUAAGACAAAUAUUUAAUACAGUAGGUUUUGGCAUAAAUCUGAGCACACAAAUACUUUUUAGUGCUAUGAAAUUUUAUUUUAUUACAAAAGUUGUUCGUAUUCCACCAAUUUAUCUA